CCGAGCUAGAGGCUGGCGGCUAGGUGUUUCAAGAUCAGGACAAGGGAGGAGAGCCAUGUCUACGGAAGACUCGCUAACUUCUUCCUCUUCUCUGGAGUCUUACCCGCAACACGCUUUACCCAUAAACACGGCCAUGAAUGCAACAUCGAGUGCCGAUAUCAACUCAACCACAAGUUCACCCCAAAAACUGAUCGAAGUGCACACAUUGGAGAUCCUACUAUGGGUAUUAGAGAAACAUGUGCCAUUUGCAAUUGCAGUCAACAAGUGUGUUACUCCUAUCUGGUACGCUAUUGGUACCAUUGGCAACAUCAUGUCGGCUGCUCUUUGGCUGAGCCCUCGCCUACGGUCAUUCAACAGUCCAGCCUACUAUCUUGCAUCCCUGGCAAUCGCAGAUGAAGUAUUCCUCUUACUGCACGUCUUCUAUGAAUUGGAGAACCCGUGGCUGAUUGGUGCGCUUAAUCUCAGUGGAUGGUGUGAGACGUGGAACCUUUUGUAUAUGGCAGCCCAAUAUACGUGUGUGUUACUGGUAUUUGCUUUUACGGUUGAACGAUUCCUGUCAAUAUGCCACCCUUUCAGGUCCGAAAGGUUUAGCCGUACAUCUCGCUCACCUAAAGUUAUUGUGGCAAUUGUCAUGAUUUCGGUUAUGUUUGCUUCUCCACAGGCAUACUUCUGGCACGUCACAAGCUAUUCAGAAUGUCAGCUGCGACAUAGUGAAACUGCUCAGGGGGAGAAAUCAUUCUAUUAUAUCUGGUCCUGGGGCUCAGAGAUGAUUGUGUUUGGAAUUGUUCCCAUUCUGGUCUUGUUUGCAAAUAUUUGUGUUCUUAGGAAGAUGCGCCAUGUUGGCCAGUUAAAGAUAAAGGACGCUACAACUAUCUCUACCGCCAACAUGAGAUACUUAUCAACCACCAUCACGCUGCUUUGGGUAUCUUUUUUUCUCAUUAUUACAACUCUCCCAGUAACGAUAACAUUUGCUAUUCAAAACAGGAUAACACUUGGUCCAAACCUCCCCCUUCAGGAAAUGGCGGAGAACUCAACAUGGCAAUCCUACUUCUCCUAUUACACUGCGAGGACCAUAAUCAAAGAAAUAGGCAUGUGUCAUCAUGUAUGUAAUAUAUUUAUCUAUUGCCUCACCAGCAAAAGGUUUCGCCGCAGAGUAAUGCAUAUCCUGUGUGGGCCUCUGGUUUGUUCGAAACCCGCAGAACGGGAAGAGUCUUGGAGAAAUCCAAGCCCUUUGUUAAAGGAUACGACAAAGAUCUGUCUUAAUUCAAGAUGAACAAUUUCUUUAACUCCCAGCCUCUUGCCAUUUGACUCAAUUGCUCACUGCAUACUUAAAGUUGCGCGGUUUAAAAGGUAUCAAUUUAAGACCGUCAGGAUUUGUUACAAGGUCUUUGAUGCCAGACAUGUUAAACAUAUGCCUUUACUUAUGAAACAUUUUAUUCACGAAGAAAACGCUUCCCUUCACCUGUUUACCUUUGUGGAUGCUCACAGUUCUUCAGGUAUCUGUCUACUUUUGACAAGUGCUCACAACUGACUGGAUGCUCUGACGGCAUGGACAUAUAUAGAAUCGGAAGAUGGUAUUCUACUGUAUAUAAAUCUAUGGACUGAAAAAAUGCAUUUUAUGUAAAUAACCGAAAACUUUACGCGGAUUCGUAAAGUAAUCGAUACUAUUUUAUACUCUUUCCUUAACUGUUUUAAAGGAUUGUAUAAUUAAGGAAUAACUGUUGUACAUUCCUUCUUGUUAUGGUACAUUCCAUUCCCUUCUUACAGUUGAUAAAUUGUCUGUUACUUCAAAUUCAUAUCUGUUUGAUGUUCGAUUUCGUUUUUGUAUAUGCUAGUGUCUUAGUGGCAGUACUACUUUGGUUAUAUUUUUUAAAUAUUUCCGUUUGAAAUAAAAGUUACA